CUAGCCUGGUAAUGAAACAUUCAGAAACCAGCCCACAAGGUCGGACUAUGAACCUUCAGCCUCAUCUAUAGAUUCUGCCUGUUCCUGGUAGAAGAGGGGAUCCAACUGACAUCCAGGGUGAGAGAGGAGUAGCUGGCUCUCAGUGGCGCCACUUGUCUCCUGAUAGUGUACCUCCUUGUGACCCAGAAAACGUUCCCUCUGGACACAUUGCAGUUCAGAGCCACUAAGGAGAGAUGCUGAUACGGAGAAGGUCUGGGGAUACGUUAUGGUGUGUACGACCACCUUGGAGGUGGGGGACAAACUGCGUUUGGCUGAGUUUUGCUGUGCUAUGUUUGACAAUGCUGAGCUUAGUUUGUCUACAGGCAGGGCUAAUGCUACAUUUGGGCUCCCGUGACCCAGGAGUGCCCACCAAGUUUAUAAGAACAAUCUUCCAGGACAUCCAAAGUUCAUCAGAGAGAAACAAAACUCUGAAGCUCCCCUCAGCUGCUAGAUCUGUCAACCGGAACUUAGAAAUUACAACACAGACUCUGACAGAAGAUUCCUUCUUCUCCAGAAUCAAGAAGUUCUGGCAACGUCUUGAAAAGAUGCUUACUGGAUUUCAACAAUUCAGAGAAACUCAUUCCCCAAUCCGAGAACAUCCCUUACCAUGGCUUGCAUGGAACAAAAAGCUUUCAUCUCAAGUACUGAGCCCUGGUCUUCGUCAGAUCUUCCAGAACUAUCGAUCAAUGAACAAGUAUAAGGUGCCCUCAGGUGCUGGGCAGCGCCUAGGCAAUCCACACCUAACUGGGAUGGACCUCAUGUGCCAGCUCAAAAGCCGUGUGACUGUGUCUACUGUGUUGGGUGAUGAAGGACCCUUUGCAGAACCAGUGUGGAGGGCUAUGCUGCCUCAGAGGAGUUUGGCAGAAGAGUUUGGUCACCUGAAGACAUGUGCAGUUGUGAGCUCAGCUGGCUCCAUGUUGGGGUCAGGAUUGGGUAAUGAGAUUGAUUCCCAUCAUGCUGUCCUUCGUUUCAAUGGAGCCCCAACUGCUGGCUAUGAACAUGAUGUGGGCACAAAAACAACACUCCGCCUUGUGAAUUCCCAGCUGAUGGUUUCUCCAAAUCACAAUUUUCUAGAUGAACAACUCUAUGCCGAGGGAACUCUGGUCGCAUGGGAUCCAGCCCCUUACCCUGGGGACCUAGAAGAGUGGUACAAGUCUCCUGAUUAUCCCCUCUUUGAACCCUUCCGUACCUUGCGGACCAAAAGACCUUGGCAGCUCUUCCAUCUAUUGCACCCACGGCUACAGUGGGAGAUCUGGGAGCUGGUGCAGGAAGGGGCAGAUGAGCAGGUGCAGCGCAACCCUCCAUCUUCAGGCAUGCUGGGAAUAGUGCUAAUGAUGUCCUUAUGCAAACUUGUCCAUGUGUAUGAAUUCCUACCAUCUCAACGGCAAACCCAUCUGUGCCACUAUUACCAGCAUUUCUCUGAUGCUGCCUGCACCCUGGGUGCUUACCAUCCCUUGCUCUUUGAGAAGAACUUGGUGAGGCGCAUGAACCGUGGCACACUGGCUGACUUGGCAGAAAAGGGCCGUGUAACGCUGCCAGGCUUCCAAGUCCUGAAUUGCUCCCCACAAGGCAAAAAAUCUGAACAGGGUCUGAAGUAAGGUG